UCAACAACACCAUUCGUCAUUUACCUGAUGAAGUAUUUUCAAAUCUCUCUCUUGAAUAUUUAUUCUUAAAUAAGAAUAAAUUCAUCAAUUUAACAGGACGGCCAUUCAAAGGGAUGAAGAAAACUAAAGCAUCGAUAUACUUAUUCUCAAACUUCAUCAAUCAUAUCAACGAUGACUACGUAAAGGAUCUUGGAAAUGAAAUAACGAUGAAUCUCGAUUGCAAAGACCUUGCAGAUCUUCCGCGAAUACAAAAUGGGAAAAUCGCUUGUACUCCACAUUCGUUAGGAGUGAUUAAAAAAUUGCCUUACUCGAUCGCCAAAACCCUCUCAACAUCAGGGUUUACGUGCACAUUGCAUUCAGCAGGCAAUUAUUAUUGUAGUUUUUGCAAGGCUGGCACGUUCGGUAAUAGCGAUGUCAGUGACGUCAGGGGAUGUAUAACAUGCUCAGCUGGUGGAUUCUAUCAAGACGAAAUUGGAGAAACAAAAUGUAAGGAAUGCAUUAUGGGCACUUUUGUACACCCAAACAACACACCGGCAACUACACCACUAUCGUGUCAGGCCUGUCCACAAGGGACACAAACAAGUGAAAAGGCUGGAUACAGAGCUUGCAAGUGCUUACCAAACUUCUACAGGUUUGACCGGUUCGGAAAGUGUUUUUCCUGCCCAAGCAAGGGUUAUAAAUGCGAAAACGACUACGCUAGUCUGUCGGAAGGCUUUUUCUGGAGAUGGGAAAAUAGCACUUUUGAAAAAAAGUACCGCACGUUUAUCGCAAAUCUCAUGGUUGAGAGCCCUGAGUUUGCAAAAGGAACAUGGAAAUACGAAGGAACUCUACCAAGUCCCCACAAGUGUCCACGUGACUCCUGUUUAGGAGGCCUGAACUCUAGUUGCCAAAAUGGUUACCAAGGUCCGCUGUGUUCACUUUGUGAACCAGACUAUUACAACAAGAUAAACAGAUGUAUCCGCUGUCCAUCCAAAUUUAGGGCAGGGUUUCAGGUUGCUAUAGUGAUCGUUCUGUUUGUCUGCGUUCUUCUCGCUCUUUUAUGGGGAGACAGAAAGAGGCUACAAAAGGAAAAAAAUCGAACCAUUGCAGACAAGAUAUUGUCUUGUUUUAAGAUUGUCGUUGGCUUUUAUCAGGUGAUGGCAGGAAUAUAUUCUGCUUGCUCUAACAUAGCCUGGCCAUCCUCGGUUGUUUGGAUGCAGAAGACUCUUCACUUCAUACAACUAAACAUCCUACAGAUCGCUCCUCUCAGUUGUAUUACUUCUCGGUUAUCCUUUAACGUACUACAGCAGUUUGUCAUUGUUGUUGCUUUGAACAUUAUCGUAGUCACCUUCUUUCUUAUCUAUCUUAUGAUAAGAAUUGCAAUACUCAAGAGAAAGAAAGAAAAUCCAAUCGACCAACAAAAUCCAAUCGACCAACAAAAUCCAAUCGACCAACAAAAUCCAAUCGACCAACAAAAUCCAAUCGACCAACAAAAUNCAAUCGACCAACAAAAUCCAAUCGACCAACAAAAUCCAAUCGACCAACAAAAUCCAAUCGACCAACAAAAUCCAAUCGACCAACAAAAUCCAAUCAACGAACAAACUCCAAUCAACGAGCCGGCUUAUAUCGACCAGUCGGUGGCCAAAACCAAGAGUUCAUGCAUUCGUAACAUCUGUGUCUUUCUGUUUGCUACAUAUCCAAAAACCUGUACAAGUAUCAUUCAAGUUCUUUCCGUAAACUGUGUACAGCUGUGCUUCGAAGAAGAGCACACAUAUUGUGUUUCAUAUCUCAGAAGCGACCUCUCUGUCCAGUGUGGUUCUCCCGAACACAACAUCUUCUCACGUAUUGCCAUAGCUUUCCUUGUUUAUCCGAUUGGGUUUCCUGUGGUAAUUCUCUUUCUCGUGUGGAAAUACAUUCACAAGCCGUCGUCAGGGGUGGCUAAAGAAAACAACGAAGAAAUUGAUUUGCCAGCAGUGUCUGAGUCCUCAAACACACCCGUACCUCCUCCAGCAGAAUCCCCAUUCAAAUCUGGCCUUCGUUUAUUCAGCGAGAACUAUGAUUCAAAUUGUUGGUACUGGGAAGGUUUGGAGAUGAUCAGGAAGCUGAUUCUUAUUUCCGGUCUGACGUUGAUUGGUGAACACAGCCGCACACAGAUUGGGCUUGGCGCCAUCAUAUCUGCUGUAUUUGCUAUUCUUUAUGCCUAUAAACGUCCCAUCACUAACAAGUUUGAGAAUAUUCUGCAGGCGGUGGCUCUGAUGGCGAUAUUUCUAAACCUUGGAAUUGGUGUGAUGCUCAAGGCAUCAGACAAUGACAAAAUGUCACCAGUUAUCAACAAGCAUAACGACAACCUGUUCGUGUCUAUCAUGAUGAUCAUUACCAAUAUUGCUGUUAUUGCUAUAGUGACAGUUGCUGUUCUCAAGGUCAUUUGGCAGACAUUAAAGGAUAAAUGCUGUAGGGCUGCUAAUGAAGAUAACUGCAGCUGUGGUCAUUGCUGCAAAGCAUGCCUUGAGUGCUGUCGAAGCCUACUGUUGCCUUUUAAGACUGAAAAUUACAAUUUCACGCAUGUCGACCAUGAGACCCGUGACGAACUUCUGCAGCAUGCCAUAAAUGAUUGAAAGAAUGACAUUUGGGAUAACCUGUACACCCUGUACACCAAGACAAAGUCCCGUUUCUCCAGAAAAUAUAGUUUUAAAUCUUUGUACAAUUGAAAAUACCGCUUCAAACAGGCAUUUUAUCAAAGUAGAUCAGUUUCUAACUGUUUAAAAAAGGUUUUAAGUGUUAACCCAAAACGAAAAUUGCGAUGAAAACUCAUACGAAAGUCUAGUUUUUGGCACUUUUUGCCAUUAUUACUCAUUAUUGAAAAAAAUUCCUCUUAGUACUUACAAUCGUCUAAAGUGUGUUUCAUUUUGUCGUCCGAUGCUUUUUAGACAGCCGUCUUUUAGCUGUUUAUUUGGGUGAUGAAAAUGAAGGAGGGCUUUUCCCGUAAUUCACACUUUUGGCGCAAGCCUUCACCAAAACGUUGGGGCAUAGUUCUCGAAUUUCCCUAAAAAUGUGCUGGCUUUAAAUGAACUAUUUACGUUUUUUGUUAAGUUAGUUCUCUGAAUACAAGUAAGAAAUCAUUUUUCUAGCUUGAUUGAAGCUUUUCUUACUGCUUUUAAGAGAGCAAACUAUAGAAAUCUACCUAAAUUUAAUCUUUUAAGUCAGUGAAUUUGUAUGGGAAUCCGAGAACAGUGUCCAAGCUUUUUGGUGACCGUUACACAAUCCAAGCUAGCGCCAAAAAGGUGAAUUCGCGGGGCCAUAUUACUAGAUUAUGAUUGGUAGUAAGCAAUAAAAUUUCAUAAAUAGUUCUAUAUUCAAUUGGCAACCACUACUAGUUGUGCACUAACUAUUACAUAAUUAAGUUACAUARUUUUAGUGCACAGAAUCGAGUUUUCACCACCCCAUAAAAAAAAACCCAGCUAAAAGAUAGCCUAAAACGCAUCACCCAUGCAAUCCACGAAUCUGGGAAUCAUGGUCGAUGAACUUAUAUAAAGUCUCAUCCUCAUUAGUAUUCUUUAUAUAAAAAAUAUUAAUGAAGAGGACUUUAUGGGGUUUACAGGUCCAUGCACGUGACGUGUAUGGUCGCUCCAAUUGGUUCAAAUGCUCAUUAAUUAUUAAUGAGUUUUGAACUUGAAAUAAGUUUAGGCCCCGUCCACACGUAUCCGGAAAUUUUUCUAUCCGCACAAUCUUUUUUCAUUGGAAACAAUUGCCAAUACGUUUGGAAUAUUUGCUCUUUUCGGUCUUUUUCCUCUCUUUCCAAAUCAAAGGUUGUUCUUAAUAGUAAAGUUAUAUAGCACAAGUAAACUGCGUG